AAUAUAUCUAUAACACUGCUCUCCCCCAUCCCCCUUGCAGAGCACUACAAACACCACUGGUUCCCCGAGAAACCCUUCAAAGGCUCCGGCUACCGCUGCAUCCGCAUCAACCACAGGAUGGACCCCAUAAUCAGCAAGGCAGCGAGCCAGAUCGGACUGAGCCUCCCGCAGCUCUACCAGCUCCUGCCCAGCGAGCUGACGCUCUGGGUGGAUCCCUACGAGGUCUCCUAUCGCAUCGGAGAGGACGGAUCCAUCUGCGUUUUGUACGAGGCCGCCAAACCCCCCAGCUCCUACGGAGGGAUGCUCACCUGCAAGAACCAGAUGAUGCUGGGCCGUACCAGCCCUUCCAAAAACUACAUCAUGACUGUCUCCAGCUAAAAAAAACAAAACAAAACAAAAAAAACCCCAAACAAAACCCCAAAAAAACACGACAAAAACAAAAAACAACAAAAAAAAAAUCUCCUCCUUGUCCUUACACUGCCAAGACACAGGCUACUGUAAUACCUCAAGCUGAGGAUCUAUUUUUAAGAUGAAGAGCUAUUUAUAUUUUUUAAAAAAAACCCUCCAGAAAAUCCAAAAUUAAAAUAUUGGGUGUCGCUCUGAGCCGAGGCGGCGCCCCAGGUGCCUUUUCUAAA